ACGGACAUCUCACUCGCUAUGUCGUACGCUCCAGACGGCCGCCUACUCUCGCCCGGAGAGGUCUACGAGGACAUAAUUACAGCUCCAGUCAAAGAGGAGUGGCAGGAGGAUCUGAAUGUCCUCUUGAUUUGCCCAGAUUGCAGAGAAAACCCACCCGUAAUCAUCGAGGAGUUCAGCAACGGCGAUACCAUAUGCGGCUCCUGCGGUCGCGUCCUCGCUGACAGGAUCAUCGACACUCGCUCAGAGUGGCGUACCUUCUCUAAUGAUGACCAAGGCAACGAUGAUCCGUCUCGUAUCGGAGACGCCGCUAACCCCUUACUCCAUGGCUCUCAACUUCAGACAGAGAUAGGAUUUGGUGACGGCGGACUUCGUGUUCGUGAGCUGAGUCGUGCCCAUAAUAAAUCCAAUCAUGACAAGGCGAACAAAUCCCUCCAGGCGGCCUUUGGUCAGAUCACCACGCUGUGUGACUCGGCCAACAUCAGUAGGCCUACCGCCGAAACAGCCAAACACCUUUACCGCCAGGCCGAUGAUGCGAAGCUGUUCAAGGGCAAGUCGCAGGACGCCAUCAUCGCCGGCUGCAUCUUCAUCGCCUGCCGCCAGAUGAAGCAGCAGCGUAGCUUCCGUGAGAUAUUCAAAAUGACAAACGUGUCCAAAAAGGAGGUGGGUCGCACAUUCAAAGCCCUCGAGGCCUUUUUGCAGAGAAUGCAGAAAGAAAAGGGCGGUCCCAUGGUUGCUGGCAACGGAGCCGUGCUGGACGCGAACAACUACCUCACAGGUACCGCUACCAGCGCCGAAAACCUCAUGCCUCGCGCUUGUGCAAAGCUCGGCCUUCCACCGCACGUUCAGAUCGUCGCAGAAAACUGUGCCAAGGUCGUCACCGAACAGGGCGUUGCUGCUGGUCGAUCUCCGCUUUCUAUUGCUGGUGCCUGUCUCUACCUAGUCUCGCACCUCAUGGGCCACCCAAAGACACCCAAGGAAAUUGGUGCCGCGGUCGAGGUUAGCGACGGCACCAUCCGCACAGCCUACAAACUCAUGCACGCCGCGCAGGAUAAGAUCAUCCAAGAUGAAUGGAUCAAAAAGGGCGGCGACCGCUCAAGGAUCCCUGCAGCUUAGAAAGGUCGCGGACAAUCACAGGCGGCGGGAAGGCGACUAGUGUGCUUAGUAGGUGCGGAAAUUUUCCAUUUUUCAAAUUGAGUACCCCUGAACAUUUUUGGGGGCGUUCUGGGACUCUCAAUUGUGCUUUGACUUCUUUUUUUAGCGCGCAUGGUCGGCGUUCACUGUCUGGUUAUUCGACAGCUGGUCAGUCUCAUGGCUUAAAUACCCCGAUAGAAAGGCAGAUAUCAAUUGAAAAUGGCGUU